UGUGCUACAGCUCCUAAGUGUUACAAACGCUUCCCCUCACAAAAAAACACGCUUCUUCCGUCGUUUUACCGUCGACAACAACCAAAACCCAACAAAAUGUACAAGCUGUUCGUUCUUGCUUGCGUCCUGGCCGUCGCUGCCGCCGCCCCAGGCUACGUUGCCGCCCCGGCCGUAGUGCACGCUGCCCCGCUGGUCCACGCUGCCCCCGUUGCCGUGAGCCACUCCUCGUCGCACGUUGUGCACCAUGCCCCAGUCGUUAAGACCGUCGCUGUCCACGCCGCUCCGGUUGUUGCCGUCCACCACACCCCGGUCGUGAAGGCUCUCCCGGUCGUGCACCACGCCCCGGUCGUCCACCAUGCCCCGCUGGUUCACCAUGCCCCGCUCGUGCACCACGCCCCGGUCGUCAAGACCGUCGUCCACUCGUCCCCGGUGGUCCACUCCGUGCACCCGGUCCCAGUCGUCAAGAGCGUCGUUGCCAGCCCGGUCGUCCUCCAUCACUAAGCCGUCCGCACCUGCGUGUCUGUGCGUCUGUAACACUUGGAGACCACUCGGAACUUAGUAACUUUUUCUACACAGCAACCACCAACACCUCCCGACUGCUCUCCGUACACCCCCGAGUGGGUCAUGUAAAUAUGUAGUGCAUCGAAAGCAGAACACAGCAACCACACAAGAGAAAACAUCGCACAAACGCACACCCAACAACCCAAAAACCUUCAUCAGGCGAACAAAUUUGAGUCAAUCGAACGUGAGUGUGUGAGCGAGAUUAAAAGAGCU